AUGCCGACAAUACUUGUCGCUGUCUCCACACUUUCCUCCACCGUUUGCCGUCCAUACCCAGCCCAGCCCGUCAGACCAACCUUAAAGCAGUCUUCCAACCUUCGCUUCGGUCUACUCCCUCUGACGUUUACCUUUGGCAUCCUGUCAAUCGGUGACCCCUCCCAUUGUCAUAGUUUACCGAACUUCGCAUUCGGUGUCCAAGCUUCGGUCCGUUUCGAAUUAUGUCCUUUGUCAAGCACGUUCUCUCUCUCUCCCUCCACAUUACUAAUCAGUGGAUGCCUGAACGUCCCUCUUUGGCCUUGCUCAACUCAUCGCUGA